GUAGAGUCUCGGCGUUGGUUGCCCGUGACGCCGCUGCUGGAGUAACGCACAUUUGAAGACUGAUGGGAGGAAGACAAUGAAAAGACGCAUGUUCAUGGUUCGUGUAGGCUACAACAGCGCACGCUGUUGAAUCUAACAGAUACAUCUACAACUAGUGGGGAAGAAAUGCAACUGUCGAGAGAGGGGGAGAGGGCAAUGCCUGUUGGAAAGUAACAGUGAAGGAGAUUUACCAGACACUUUUCCAAGAGUCUCCAAGAAUGUGUUUUUGCCCAGUUGUAAUCUGCAUGUGAAAGAAGGAUUUUUUAUUCGUUCAAGGAGUGUCUGACUGCAACUAUUUUGCUUAUUUAUGUCUGGAGAGCUAUUUGGUGCUUGACAACAUAUUGGGUGGGUGCGCACCUUAGCUCGCCGUGGCUAUCGACUGGCUCGAUACUUUCCCCAGCAAGUCAUGUCUUACCCACAGAUAUGGGUAAGUUUGACGACAACGAGAGGAUAAUCCUCAACGUUGGGGGAACCAGGCACGAGACGUACCGAACCACGCUGAGAACCCUACCGGGCACACGGCUGGCUCUCCUCGCUUCCGACUCUGACAUCGAGUCCGUUUUGGAUCACCUGCAACAAGUCCCUGGCUUCAUAGAGUAUAACGCGCGCAACAACGAGUACUUUUUCGACCGCCACCCUGGAGUUUUCGCAUAUGUCCUCAACUACUACAGGACCGGGAAACUUCAUUGCCCGGCAGAUGUCUGCGGUCCGCUAUUCGAGGAAGAACUGUCUUUUUGGGGCAUCGAUGAGACGGACGUCGAGCCUUGCUGCUGGAUGACCUAUCGCCAGCACCGGGACGCGGAGGAGGCGCUCGAUGUGUUUGAAAUGAACGUCGACAAUGGAGAGGACGACGAAGAGAUUGGCAAAAGACUAGGGAUAGAAGACGUAUCACCCAACCAUAACGAGCUCGGCUUUUGGAAAAAGUGGCAGCCAGUGAUGUGGAAUCUAUUUGAGGACCCCUAUUCUUCCAGGGCUGCCAGGUUUGUGGCCUGGGCCUCCCUGUUCUUCAUCAUGGUCUCCAUCACCACCUUCUGCUUGGAGACGCACGAGGCCUUCAACACCAUCAUCAACAAGACAGAGGCGGCCCGCAACGACACCACCAACCCAGCGUCCGGGGGCGUAGCCGCAGCAGACCUGGGCCCUCAGUACGAGAUCGAGACAGACCCCGCGCUCACCUAUGUGGAGGGCGUGUGCGUCCUCUGGUUCACCUUUGAGUUCCUGGUGCGCGUCGUCUUCUGCCCCGACAAGAUGGAGUUUGUCAAGAGCGUCCUGAACCUGAUCGACUUCAUCGCCAUCCUGCCGUUCUAUCUCGAAGUCAGUCUGAGCGGCCUGUCCUCCAAGGCCGCCAAGGACGUGCUGGGGUUCCUGCGUGUGGUGCGGUUCGUGCGCAUCCUGCGUAUCUUCAAGCUGACGCGUCACUUUGUGGGCCUGCGCGUGCUUGGCCACACGUUGCGAGCCAGCCUCAACGAGUUCCUUCUCCUCAUCAUCUUCCUCUCGCUCGGAGUCCUCAUCUUCGCCACCAUGAUCUACUACGCCGAGCGCAUCGGCGCCAACCCGGCCGAUCCCACUGCCUCUGACCACACCAUGUUCAAGAACAUCCCCAUCGGCUUCUGGUGGGCCGUGGUCACCAUGACGACCCUGGGCUACGGCGACAUGUACCCGCAGACGUGGUCGGGGAUGCUUGUGGGGGCGCUGUGCGCGCUGGCUGGCGUGCUGACCAUUGCCAUGCCCGUGCCCGUCAUCGUCAACAACUUCGGGAUGUACUACUCGCUGGCCAUGGCCAAGCAGAAGCUGCCCAAGAGGAGGAAGAAGCACAUCCCCCAGCAUCCCUCACCCACCCUCUGCAAGGCCGAGCUGCACGCCACCUGCAACAGCACGCAGGGAGGCGGAGGAGGAGGAGGAGGAGGAGGAGGAGGGGACCUGUGCCUGAACAAGACACCCAGGAUGCUGGAACGCAACCGAUCAGUGCUGUCAGCGGACUGUAGCGGAGGAAGUGACAUCACGACCUCCCCAGAGGAGCACAUGCCCAUGCGGCGCUCCAGCAGUCGCGAGCAGGAGCGGCGUAGUGGAGGAGGGGGCACUACCUGCUUCCUCCUGGCAGCCAGCGACUACACAUGCCCUGCUGACGGGGGCAUCCGCAAGACAGGGAAACCCAUGGACUCGGACUCGUUGCCAUGGUGCUGAAACACAGGACUAUAGAUCCUCCAAUCGUGGGCCAGAACACUGAGGUGGAAAGACAUGCAGCCAGUGAAGAAGAGGAGUUUGUUUUGUCGCUGUUACCGUGCAUAUUUGUUUCCCCGGAGGACAAAGGAUGACUGGACAAUUUUUAUUCAUUUUUAGAAGUGUCUAUACAGAAGAUCGUGUCCGAUGGAUAUUGUUCACAAGGACCUUAUCUGCAAAAUAAAGGACAUUCUGUACACGGAAAUUUACUGACAAAUGCGCGAGAAAAAACGGAGACAGUAAAGACAUAACACAUCUGUAUACUAUUGUAUUUCUCUACUUAAGGCCAGAUACUUGAUCCUGUAUAAAUAUUAUCUCAAAUAUGUACAUACUACAACAGCAAACCCCAUUGUCCAGAGUUCCUCUUGUACACCGUACUGUUACAUGGUUAAGACAACGUCCAGUCCAGUACAUUGUGUGUUUUUUAAUAGCAGGUCAGGUUGUCAGCUCCAUCUUGUAAAGUGGUACAAGGCCACAUCUCGAUAUUCUCUUUAUUAGCCAUCGUUUCCCACCUCACACUACAGUAAGUGUACUAGGACAAAGUGUAAUAGGAUGUGUCGUACUGUAGAUGUGUGGCACACUUAUGGAGGUUAUGUGUAUUGGUGACCGUAGCCGUAGGCAUCCAUAGCACCAUGACGGAAUCACUGUCUGACUUUUUUCCCCCUCAAAGCAACACUAAUUAUUUUUUUCCACCUUAAAAUACUACUUCAGUGGUUUGUCAGCUUGAAACAGGGUGAAAGACACUUCCUAACUUUGAUGAGUGACCUGAAUUUUUUGAUUUACAAUCCAGUGCCAUGUAUUCCAAAUGACCUGGUUCUUACUGUCUAAUUCAAUCAGGUGAUGGUUGAAUGAUCACGAGGUUGAAUUGAACAGGUAAAACUAGGUCAUUAGGAAUAUGUUGCACUGGAUUCUACCUAAUGAAUCCAGAUUACCCAUCAAUGUUUCUGAUUUCGUCUAACUGUAUGUGUACACCAAAAGUGGCCAAGGCAACCAGAGCGACGGAUAUUAUUUCUCCUUGCAGGGUUAGCGAAUUGAGCGACCAAAGAGAAUUCACUGAACACAAAAUGAAUUGGGCGACCAGAGCAAAAUGUCAGCUAAUAUUAUGGUAAUGAGCUAUGACAUGGCUCGGUGAAAACUAUUUGGAAUGUUGUGGAUGUUGAUAAGUCGGAGCUGUCAUGUGAUUAGCAAAAUCAAGCAUGUCAAUAUCACGUUCAGAGCGAAUACAGCGGGUUCAUGGUGAAGCUUCUUCAAAGACCUCCGCUACUUGGAUGCUUUGGUUAUUUCUGGUGUAUACAUACAGUAACUGCCCUCUUAAUCGCUCUGAGCAAGUAAGGAGUUGCACAGCAUUUCUUUUAGCCCAUGUGAGAGACAGUUCCACUUCCAACCACUAAGCUGAACGAAGAGGAAAACUUCUCAGUGCUGCUUUAAGGGGGAGAAAACUCAAUCAAAAGUGUCUGUGUCAAUGAAAUACAGUGUUCUUCUCCCCUCCAUUCUGUCUCUGUGAAAGUGACCACUGAAUAAACUGACCAUGGACAUGGACAAUCUUUGAUGGGUUGAAUCACAUAGUAGUGUUGCUGCUAUUUUAUCGAAAAACAAAACAGAAAAAGAAAAAAAAAUUGGGAAAAUAAAGAAGUCAUUUGUAGCUCUGUGAUGGUAACCAAGUAACAGAGGCAUUGUUUUAUUCUUUAUUUUUUAACAUUACUAUUAUAUUAUUAUUUAUUGUUUUUACUGUAGCUUUCUCACCCCUCACUGUUGUGCUUGCACACGCACGCACGCACACACACACACACAGGCGUGCGUGCGCGCACACACACGCACACGCACACACACACGCACGCACACACACAGAGAACAUAAAUAGCUACAUAAUAGAAUGUACCUUGGGACAUUGAAUAUCCAUUAAACAAGCUGAUGCUAUUACCACUGAACCUUCCCAAAGUUCAAGCUUAUGUGGGAAAUGGGCGCUUUUUUUGCAUUUUGUUCUUUUGUUUGUUUUGUUUUUUUGUUUUGUUUUUUUGUCAAGCAAGACAAUUGACCUUUCGGGAGCCACACCUUAAAAUCUUCAACUGACCAAUCAACGAAAUGCUAACUAAGUCAGUCACAGUGAACUUAUCUUUCCAUAGAGAUGAAUGGGAUUUGAAAAUCCGACGGCAGAUAGCCUACAGUAUCCAACAAAUUUGAAGCUUGGGAGUGAGAUUCUCUCCAUUUCCGAAGCCCACGAUGAAACGUGCAGGGUGUGGAUUCCAACAAUGUUGAUGCUCUGGCUGCAAGGUAAAUUUCAGGAAGUAAAAUGAUAUUGUUAAUUCUGAGCUAGCCCUAACAGCUAGUGACAAUAAUAGCCAGCUUUCCACAAUGCAUCAUUUUACCAGCUGUCACUCAAAUUUAAAGCGAUGUAAAAGAUAGCCGGCACAUACCGUGUUAUUAUUCAGGAGUGUUCAUAUGAGGCCUGUCAUUAAAAGCAACUUACUCUGCGGUCACCCUGAAGAUGCUGACCCAACAUCAAAGAAUAUAGCAACAGGCCUCUACACAGGUUGGUUUAUAAAACAUUUCCACAUAACUGGUGCAUUUGUCCAUGCUCCCAAAGUACACAAGCACAGUUUUUAAUCAUACCAGACCUGCAAAAGUUCCAAUACCGUUUGUUUUAUUGAGAUGCCUUUCCUUGUGUUUACCUAUUUCUGACACGACAACGUAUGCAGUGUAUGUGGAUGUUCAAACCAAUACUUUCUGCCCACUACUCUCUAAUAUAUGGCCACUAUUCGAAGAGAUGUCAUUUCUGUCUACGAAGAACAGCUAAGUACCUAAAAUAAUUAAAAAUGAAAAGUUAAAAAUAUCCUGAUUUGCAUUCAUUUCAUUGGUGAGAACCAUGUUGAUGACUGACAUAUGUAGCAACAGUUGCUAUUGGGGGUGAGUGGAGGUGCUUAGUCGAAAGGUCAAUUAUCUUAAAGGAUUUGCAUCUUUUGCUGCAAAUUCAUUCAAGUACAGUAAACUUAGAGUAAUCAGCCAUUAUUCUGUUCAAUCUAUUUAAAAGGAAUUGACUUUUUGAAACAAAUCGCUUGUGACUUAUUUUCCCAAGUAAGUGUGCCUCUACCGUGUAGCUUUAUUGACUAGCCCUGGGAGUGUUAAAAAUGACUAGACUAUUACUGAGUCCAGCUUAAUGAGCCCUCAUAUGCUUAAGCUUAAGAGGAAACAUGAUGAAUUAAAAUAAAUGUGACAUAAUGUGAUGGUCAUCAGUGCUUCUAUUUCCUUAAGGAGUUUUGGUGUAUUUAUCUUUUGCUGUGUGUGUGCGUGUGUGCGCAUGUGUGUGUGAACAUUACACAGGAUCCAACAAAAACUAGAAGCCCAAUACUGACCUCCAGUAAUGCUUUAAUUGAUGACCGAUUUUUGAAAUUGUGCAUCUGGCAUCAAUCACCCUUCCUAAAAAGAGUUUGUAACACGUUCUUUGAAGGGGUCUACGUAAGAGAGUCGUGUAACCAUCAUAAGAAGGACAACCCCCUAACACAUUAUUGAUAUAGCCUACAUGACUGUCAUGAUGUGUCAUUCGGUUUUUGGAAUGUCAUUAAUGUUCCUUAAAGACGUGUUGUGAUACUGGUUACAUGACACCCUUAUGUAGCCUUAUUGACAAUAAAACUCCAGAACUAUGUGUACCGAGUCACACUGUGAUGUCAAUGGUAUUCAGUUGAUAUGUAUGUCAGCCACUCCCCCCAACCCCUCUCAGCCUCACAGAGAUUAAAACUACUGUGUCAUUGGAAUGGCUGACAUUGGGCUUUUGUGUGUGUGUGUGUG